AUGUCAAGUGAACGUGUUCAAGCAAAAUCUCAUGCUACAAGCCCAAUAGAAGCUGGGAAACAACCGCCACCUGUCGUUGAAUUGGGUACAGCUAGUUCAAGUGGAAUUGCGAACGCGAACGCGAACACGACUGCAACAAAUUCAAAUCUAAAUGGGAAACAGAAAACAGGGUUUGUGUUUGGACGUCCACGUCAACAACCAUCUUUACAAGAGGAAGGUUUUCGACUAUCAAUUCUUCAUUCUCUGGAUACAAUCAAGCCUAAUAAUAGUAAUUUACAAGCGCCUGAAAUAAAUGUGUUCGCGCAGCCACUAUUUCGAACAAAACAUACUGCAAAACGUCUUUCUUUUAAAGACUUCCAGACAGAUUCUGAUUUCUCUGCUUCGUGGGAACAACAACAACAUGGAGAAAGUGGUGGUGCUGACUUUGCACAAGAAAGGACUAGCAGCGGUGGAGCAAAAACCCAAAACUUAUUUGCUUUUCAAACUAUUUCCAAUAAUCACAAUGAUAAUAGCAUUCCUAUUCCUGAAAAAUUGCCGGAAAUCAGUUUGAUUUCAAGGGAAGAAGAAAAUAUUUUUUUCUCGUCAUCCUCAGAUCUUCAUUUAGAUGAUUCUUCUCAAGAUAACUCAAAAGCUGAUCUUCAAUCGUCUCAGACAGGAAUUCAACCGCAGACCAUUUAUCGUGAUGAGCCGUUUCUAUCCUCAUCAUCGUCACAUGUUGUGAUGCAAGACACAUUCUCUGAUUCAAAUAUGGCUUCAUAUGAUUCCGAGAGCCUCUAUCCAUUAGAGACUCAUAAUAUAAUAGACAAUUCUAAUGUUGAAUCAAAUAAUAGAAUAGAAGAUACUAAACAAAUUCAAAUGAACGAAAACAAAUCGAAUGAAGACGAAUUCGGUAUUAUUAUGGAUGCGGUGAAAAAAUGGAGAUCUGAAGUAAAACGCCGAGACACAGAAAUAAAUAAGUUGAGUGAUACUAUAGAAUACUUGCGUAAAGAUCUUUUACGACGUGAUGAGACAAUGAAACUGUACCACGAGCGUAUUAAGUGUGUCGAAGGGUUGAUCAAAAGGCAAUUUACAGACACCGAUCGAAGUCGCCAACGUAUUGGAGGUAUAAAAUCAAGAUACAUUACAUAUCGUAAUACGCUUUUAUCUAUGGGAAAGAAUAUCCAAGAGAUUCAUGAUGAAAAAGAAAGAAUUGAUGAGGAAGUUGAGCAUAUGAAACAAGGCAAGAUAUUAGUUACUACUAAACUUGAUAAUAUCACAAAGGAAACCAAUGCGUCUUUAAUUGGAACACAGCGUGUUGAGCUGGAGCAAUUGAGAGAAUAUAAUUCAAAAUUAACGCAAGAUAAUGUUCAGGCCAAUGAAACCAUCAGUAAACUUAGAGAAGAUUUACAACAAUCUAUUCUAAAUGCCUCCAGCGGUGCUUCAGAAUUUGAAGCUUCUUGUGUGCAAAUAAAGACUUUAACUCGUGAAUAUGAUUUGUUAAAGUCUAAUCAUACUGAGGAAGUCCAAAAACUAAAGCUCGCUGUGGAACGCGCUGAAAAUAAUUUGCAAGUGGAAUCUGAUGCCAAAAAGGAGUGCGAAGAAAAAAUUAAUGUAUUAACGGUCAAGAUCCAUCAGCAUGAAUUGAAUUUGGAAUCUAUGCACCGGGAAAAUGAACGUCUAAAUGCUGUCACUACGGAAAAAGAAAAUCGAAUUUUAUCUUUAAAAUCCAUUGAAGUACAGCGCAAAAGUCUACAAGCUGAACUUGACCAUGUAAAAAAGAACACAAACAAGCAGAUUGAUGAUCUAUAUCAGGAAAUAGAAAAUUUACGCACACAUCAAAAAGCAGAGCGGCAAAGAUUAGAAAACGAAGGACGCGAGGAAAUUUGUCGCUUACAAGAAGAUUUUCAGAAGAAACGCACUAUUUGGGAACAGAAAUGGAACAAUGAAAACGCUCGGCUCGAAUCUGAAUGUCGCGAAGAGCGUGAACAGCGGUCAAAAUUAGAGUCAAGAUUUCAUGAAAAAUGCUCAGAAAAUUUACGUCUCGAGGCGGAAUUACGAAAUUCUCAGUAUCAACCUAAUAUUUCAACCUUUUCUCGUAGAAUUGAGGAUCUCGAAAAACAACUUUGUCAAUAUGAUUAUCCGAAAAUUGAAUCUUUCUCAAUUGGGGUAGGGACUGCGGACAUUCCUGAAAUCGAUGUUUUAAUUCAACACGAAAGAUUUAUCGCCGAAAGUAAUCAAGAACUUACUACAACCAAGAGUAAAAUCACAGAGUUAAAUCAAGCUCUUGAAACAACAGUGAGUGAAUGCAAAUCUAUAGAAUCUGAACUCUCGUCGAUAACUGCAAGUUACAACAAACUCUUAGAAGAGCACAACAAAUUAAUUUCGGGAACGAGCAAUACUGAAAUCCAGAAAAAAAAUGCGGUUGAUCAGGCUCUCAAUAGAGCACAGCUUUAUUAUCAAGAUUUAGCCAAAAGGGCGACAGUCCAACACGAAAACGAGAUUCGGAAAAGAGAUUACAAAUUACGCGAAGCGGAAAUACGAGAAUCUACCUUAAGCGAGGAAAUUAGAUCUCUUAGAUCUAGGUUACUUCAAGCAGAGUCAAAAGAGGGCGCUUCUACGCAUCAAAUGCUUCCGAAUACCGAAAUAAAAUCGGAUGUACAGUUGAUAAAGGAACAAAAGACAAAUAAACAAACACAAAGUCGAUGCUCUUCAAUUGUGUCCCCUUCACUCCACUCUUCUUCGAACACUACAGGAGAUACUGAGCCAAGUUUGUUCGGCCGACUUCCUAUCAUGAAUAAACACGAAUCGACCGAUAAUGCUUGCAGCAAAUACUUGACACUCUCUGAGAUAGAUUCGAUGGUAAUUGACUCUAUCGAACAAAAGAAUCCUUCAAUAACAGAAACGAAGGUUGAAGAAUCUCAAAUGACUAUAAAGAGAGACAUGGAAGAUUCGAUUGGGAUAGGAAGUUCCCAAGAUCAUUCUUCUGGUCGUGUAGUUCCUUCAUUGAAUGAUAACACUACUAAACACAACCAAAAAAAUGAUUCAUUCAAUGAAUGGCAGUCGCCAGGUACUCAGUUAAGAGCAAAGCGACGUAAGAUUAGUCGAAUCGAUAGCAAGGACAAUUUACAACCAUCAUCAUCAUUAGAUAAAUCUUCAGCAGCGCCGACAAAUAUUGGCGAUUCUAAUCGGCCAAGCACUAAAACUUCACUUCGUCAAAAUAACAUAUUUCAGGAUACAUUAGACCAACAAGAUUUUCAAAAUCGACUUCAAUCGAUAAAAACUGCAUUCUUCAAUCGUGAUUAUAAUGCUGUCUUUACGGACCCUGAAAAUUUAUCUAUAUAUUCUGCGAGGUACAUUCCUGGUCGAGCUUUAUGCUACUUUAAUUUAAUCAAGAAUGAAACGAAAAUCCUGGAGCUUUUUGGUAAUAACAAUAACGGUGAAACUAGAGUUUUUAGUGUUGGUUCCGGCGCGGGUAGUGAAUUGGUAGGAUUCGUAUCCGCAUUACACCAUCAUCAAAUAUCAACUGAUAAUACGUUUAAAGAUGAUGAUAACACACAAGGAAAAUUGAUCUUGCAUAUGCAAGAUUACGUAGAUUGGGGUAAAGUCCUCAAUAACCUUGAACUGACAAUCCGAGAGCAAUGGAAUAUUUCCCAUAAGAAGUUGGAAUGCUUGUUUUCGGUGGGUGAUGUGUUGGAACCUACACGGAAAUUACAGGAGCAAUUUGCAAAGGCGGAUCUCAUAACGUUCAUGUUUGUGAUGAAUGAGUUAUUUAUUGACAAAAAGAAGGCUAUCGAAAUGAUUCAACUUCUUGUAAAUACGAUGCAAAAAGGAUCACAUCUUUUGGUAUUAGAUUCUGCAGGAUCAUUCUCUAAUAUCAAAAUUGGGGAAAAAACAUAUAUGAUUUAUUUCCUUUUAGAUGCACUCAAAGGUUUUACUCCCGUAAUCUCGAAUGAUUCGACAUGGUAUCGGUAUCCUGAAGGUUUAAAAUAUCAUGAAUUAGCUCCACUUGAAAAUAUGCGGUAUUAUAUAAGAUUGUAUCGCAAAGAUUAA